CUCCGGUUCCCCGAGACCGAGACGGAGUAGCGUGUAACUACCCUACCUGCUGGCACGUCGGUUGCCGUAUAGGGCCUCCCCAUCCCCCGCCGCCCGCGCCCCUGCGUGGGCUCGGCGCGUGGUGCUCACACACUGUCCCCGCCGCGGCGCCCGGGGUACCUAGCCUCCCCGUCUCGGUCCCCGGCCCCUGCCCUGUCGCCCGGCCGCCGGAGCGGUGAUCGCCCGCCCCGCCGUUCUUCCGUUGCCAUCACUGCCAGCACCAUGGGCAGUGAGCAGAGCUCCGAGGCCGAGAGCAGACCCAACGAUCUGAACUCCUCAGUGACCCCUUCUCCAGCUAAGCAUAGAGCCAAGAUGGAUGAUAUCGUGGUUGUAGCUCAGGGCUCCCAGGCCUCACGGAAUGUCAGCAAUGAUCCUGAUGUCAUCAAGCUGCAAGAGAUUCCAACCUUUCAGCCGCUUUUGAAAGGGCUGUUGAGUGGUCAGACAUCCCCAACAAAUACCAAAUUGGAGAAACUGGAUUCUCAGCAGGUGUUGCAGCUCUGCCUUCGAUACCAGGACCACCUGCAUCAGUGUGCGGAGGCUGUUGCUUUUGACCAGAAUGCUUUGGUUAAGCGAAUCAGAGAGAUGGAUCUGUCUGUAGAAACCCUCUUUAGCUUCAUGCAGGAGCGCCAGAAAAGAUAUGCCAAGUAUGCGGAGCAGAUCCAGAAAGUCAAUGAGAUGUCUGCCAUCCUCCGCCGCAUACAGAUGGGCAUUGACCAGACUGUGCCCCUGAUGGAAAGGCUCAACAGCAUGCUGCCCGAGAGCGAGAGGCUGGAGCCCUUUAGCAUGAAACCAGACCGAGAGCUCAAGCUGUAGAGCUGCUUCUCCCAUCCUGCCAGGCUGUUGUUCUGUGGGAUAGAGCCUGGCACCAUCACCACUACCCUGAGGACAUUUGGAACCAAAGUCAUGACGUGUGACCAAGGUUUGAAGCUGGUUGGAGGUUUUGGUACUCCCGGAAGUGGAUGUGAAGCUGUCCGCUGGCCUGAAAAUCAGACUUAGCCCUACCGGUUUCCUUGAUGCAUUUUCCUUAUGUGAAAUGAACCAAGCUAAUUCUCAGUGAUAACCGAAGUUGGAACAUUUGAAUUAUUAGGAAUUCUCUACAGAACUCAGCAUUGGGAAUUAUUUUUAUUUUGCUUAGUUUUUAUUUUAUUUUUUUUUUAAACUGAGAGUGUAUAAUCUAGUCUAGCUAGUUGAAAGAAAACAUGGAGAGAAGGGGCAAAUUAUUUUAAGAGGCUCUAUGUAGCCUUGAUGCCUUCAUGAAAUUUUAUGCAAUAGGCUCUCCGGCUGUAGGUUACAAACAUAAAGAACUAAUUUAAUCUAGGUCUGUGUGUUGUUACUAUUCUUCCCCUGACUAGUUGACAUCACAGCAGGUCUUCAUCUGGGGCACCUUCUUCCUGCCCUGAUGAAACACUGGUAUGUUUGUGUGCCAGGUGGUUGUGUCCCUCGUAUAUCAUCAUCAGGUGACUGAAGACUCCUUUCCCCUCCCUCAGCGGGCUCAUCUCCCAGGGUAACUGGAUUCCUUGAUGCAGACAUAGUUCACGUUUCUUUUUAUUACAUCAGCACUGGCAGGACUCCGAUUUUUGUAGCAAGGUUUUAACCAGCAUUUGUGGUACCUUGCAGCUUUGACAGCUGACCAUAAAGAGAGAUCAUUCAUUCCACAGACAUUUAUUAAGCCCAUUUGAUGUGCCAGGCAUUGUGCUGGGGGGAUCCAAACAUGGCUAUACAGCCCCUGCCCUCUUCUCUGAAGAGCAAAAACGCAAAACGCUGCUGAAUUUCUGUGAGAGUUUAGGAGAUGACACAAUUUGAGUAACUACACAAGUACUUAGUGCGGUACUUUUCACAUCCUCGAUGUUCUGGAGAAAGAAAGGACUGGAUGCACACACAAAGACACACAGACACACAAAUGGAAUGCAGGGAACGGAUCUAGGCAGGCGAAUUGAGACUGAGAGCCGGGAAAAAGGGAGGUUGCCGAGCCCAGGAUAACCGCUCCCUUGCUCCCUUUAUUCCUCCGAAACUCAAAAGGUGUUUUGUACAUGUCAAAAGCAGCCUUCAGUGUGUUCGUAAGAUUAAAACUCAUCCUGCGUAAUUUAGCAUAUCUCAACUAAACUCUAUCCGAUUCCAUCUUGGAUUUUAAUCAGAUACGCUCUUGGGGGGUUCUUAGAACCCAGAAUAAAACGUAUGACAUACAACAGCUGGAUGACAGAAGACACAUGAGCGUUCCAAGCUCAACGGAAAGCUUAGUUUGAAAUUCAGACAUAGGAAAAAAAGCAGCAGCAGCUUAUAGGAUUUUGUAAAGACCAAAACAGUCAAGAUCGUUCAUUCCCUCUGAGCUAGAAAGACAAGUUGGACACCAGAGCCAAGGGAAGAGGCCCAAGGGAGCAUCUGCCCUUUUCAGAGGGUGACUUCUCUGCCUUUUCUGGGAGCUGAGGCCUUUCUUUCCUCUUAGGUUGCAGGAGGAAGGUGGGGUAGAGAUAAUUAUCCAGCCUGAGGAGACACAGGUGGUCAGAGGGGGCCAUGGAAGGGUUGGAAGCAAUGAGGUAGGGCCAGGGAGCUAUACUUUGAACCUUUGUUGGGCCACACAGGUGAAAGAAGUCUUUAUAAUGCCAUCUGAUAGUCAAGAUUUUACUGGGUCUUUAAAGCAUUGCUAGAGCAAUUCAUUAGCGAAUAUACAUCAAGAAAAAUGUUCUGUAACCUAGAAACCUAUUACAUAGCUACGGUUGUUCUAGGAAACGUCAUGGGAGGGGAAGCUGCACCAUUUAUUGAAUACAUCUUUCCCCUGCUAAUUUGCAACACCCUUUCAGUCAUGUAUUAAAUUUCCAUGCAAUUGAGGAUCUAGUUCUGGAUAAUAUUCUAAUCCACUGACCUUUCUCUCCAUGCUAUUUCAUACUGUUUUUUUAUAAUACUGUUUUACUGUGAUAAUUUCACAGUGCAUUUUAAUAUCUGACAUGGCUAGACUAGGUUCCCCCUACCAUCAUUACUGUUUUUUCCUUUUUUAUUUCAAACUGGCAUGAAUGUUGAAAGACUAAUACAAUGAAUAUUUGUACCCCUUUCACCUAGAUUGACAGGAAGUGGCAUUUUUAAGCGUCCCCAUCAUUGUCCUGUUUUGCGUUCCUGGAGUAUCAGGACCCAGCCCUGAACACAGGAACAUUCCAGUCGCCUUCAAAGAACGAAGGACUGAUUGUAGAGCCAUAAAAAUAGCUCAGGACUCAGAUGCCAUUAUCUUCACUGCACUUAAUAUGGCUUACAAAUAAAACCACAGAGUGGGCUGCAAACUAAGCCUACAAGGGCUGAGCUUUCUCAGUAGGUUUCAACAGCUAAUGGUCUGAGCAUGGCAGACAGGUAGAUCGAGCAUGGCAUUAAGAAAAUUCUCAGCGAGCCAGCUCUCCAUCCAUCUCUUUUUCUUCUUGUAAAGAAUUUGGACAAAACAUGGUAUUAACUUAGAUUUGGGCCCUAAGUAGAUAGAAGCAGAGAAGUAAGAAGAACAAUAGGCAAAUUCAGUAUUUUUGGAGAGAAUUCUAGUUAAUUUAGUAUCUGUGAUGCGUGGUGGUUUUCCCACAUGUCAGCUUGGCUAAGAUGAACUGUACGUCCCAGAAUUCCCUUCCCUGUUUGUUUCUGGUUAGGGUUGGCCACACGAGAAAUUUGCGUGAGAUUUGGAAGUCAAGCAGUAACCACGCUUAUUCACUGAAAGUCAUGAAGGUCAGGUCCUGUUGCAUCACACACGUUUUCGAGCAUCUGUUGAAUUUCUGGCAUGGGCAGCAGCUGGGCCCACAACUCCUAUGGAUCUCUUCCUUCAGCUUUUCCACAUCCCAAGCCAGUUACGAGGACUGGCUUCUCCUUCAGGUCAUCUGUAGCAGCAAGGAUGAAGGCUUAGAGAUGAGGAGAGGCCAGUGUGGGUUCUGGUGAAGAGCAGAUGUAGGUUCUAGCUUGUUGCCCACAGGUUCCAGUUGUCCUUCCCCUCCCCUACUGCAUAUCCACCAUCCUUCCCAGCCACCUGCCCUGUGACUCAAGGCUUCGAACUGGUUCCUUCCGGUUUGACCCCUUGCUGAAUCUUAGAAUCACCUGGGGAUCUUGUUAAACUGUAGAUACUGAUUCAGUAUAUUUGGGGUAGGAAUACAAAUUCUCAGUAGGGGGUUGAACUGGAAUGAACCAGUUCAAGCCUACUGUGAUUCAGGUUCAGCACUGGAAGAAGAUACAGAUGAACAGAGACUGUUUUACCAGCUCCUACAAUUGCUUAGGUGUCCCUGGCAGUGCAAACAGUUAAGACGUGGCUACUGACUGACAGGUGAGAGUUUGAGUCCACCCAGAGGCAUUUUGGAAGAAAGCCUUGGCAAUCUAAUUGCGAAAAAUCAGCCAUUGAAAACCCUAUGGAGCACAGUCCUACGCAGCACACAUGGGGUCACCACAAGUCAGAAUCCACUUGACGGCAACUGGUAUCACUGGUAUAUAAAAUUGCUUAAGGUCACAUUCCUUUAACCACUUAUUCUAUAUCGUUCCUGGUGGUUCUGCUUCUCUGAACCCUGCCUCGUGACAUAGUGUUACCAGUCCUUGCCCACGUCAGUACUUUACUUGUCCCUCAGAAUCUGGGAAUCUGAGUGAUCUGCUGUGUCAGGAGAGUUAUGCUGGAUCUCCUUCUCGGUUAGUACCUGAUGGGUCUAUCUCGUCACUGUGGGAUGUUUGAGGUAUCGGGGGCAGCAUCAAGUUGUCAGACAAAGAGUCCUGGCUGGACCUUUCUGCCUGUGACCUUUGGUAAGUGCGAGGGCUGGUCUGGGUGGGCUGUCCGUCUCGUUCUGUGAUUCUGAUCCUUGAUCCCUCAGCGACCAUGAGCAUCUUCACCUGUUGUCUCAGCAGCAGUGGUUCUGGGUCUUGGUCGUGACGUUAAAUUCUGAGCUCCUGAGACAGCUUGUUUCUUACCUUUUGUUACUUACAAAUUUCACAGGUGUCCAGUGGCUCCCUCCUUUGAAGAACCUGUUUUGCUUAUCAACCUAUGGAUCUAUCAGCCUAUAUUUAUGGACACUCAAAUAGAUCCCUAUACUGCAGCAUCCUUGUUUUACUAGCUGAAGUGGAAGGCUGGUAGAAGCUGGACUUCACCCCUUGUAUUAUGUGCAUAUAAUUUACAAUAAAAAGUUGUGGCGGUUAAGCGCAAGUUAUAGAUUUCAUGAGAGCCUUUAUAAUUUAUAGAUUCUGUGUCUCAUUUCCCUCAACGGUUUAUCUGUCAGUAACUUUGUUUUUUACAUAGUGUGCUCCUGCUGCUUAGAUGAUAAACUUCUCAGAAUAUGAAAUAUAUUUUGAAGCAGGUACCUACCCAGUGUUCUCUGCACGAGUAAAUAUCUGAUGAAAUGUGUUUUGAGGAUUCCGUACCCUGAGAUGGAGCCCUGGUGGCGCAGUGGUUAAGAGCUCAGGCUGCUAACCAAAAGGUCGGCAGUUUGAAUCCACCAGUUGCUCCUUGCAAACCCUGUAGGGCAGUUCUGCUUUGUCCUAUAGGGUUGGUUGCUGUGAGUUGGAAUCGACAGCAACGGGGUUUUUUUCUUUUUUUUUUAAUACCCUGAAAUACAGAAGUGCACUCAACAAAUGAGUAAUUUUUUUUGGUGUAGUAAUUUCUGGGCAUUUCUUUGUGUUUUCCUUAGACUUACGCUAGCUUUGUUACCCUUACAUUAUAGGUGUUACAACCACGCUGUUUCCACUGACUAAUGGUUCAGGGCGAGUUGGGGGGGGGGUGGCUGAUAUGUGCCAUUUUUCUUUUGUGUUGAUUUGUAGAAUUUAUUUAGCUUUACCACUUCCCCCUAGUAAGGCUCAGGACAGAGCCAAGAACCUUCAGAAAUGAAGCUGUGAGCAAACGUGUGUUCACAUUCAAGUGUAAUUGGAAACUGUCUUCCUGAUUUGUUUUCACCUCAGCCAGACCCAACUAUGUAGUACUCGGUAGUACUGUACGGACAAAAUGUUGAUACCAAAGAUGGGGGUGGGAGAGUGAGAAGUGAGCAUUUUUCUUCCGGUGGACUUUUUAGGGGUAAAAUUUCUCCUACUCUUGAGAGAACGAAUUUGUUUUCCUUUCCCUCACCCUGACCUUCGUUCCUGUUAAGAACUACAGAGGGCCCAGAAGAGGUGCCCUUGUUCACUAACAGCCUUUGCCUUUGGAGGUAACCGCCAUGACCUUCACAGCUCAGGCCUUGUCUGAACUUCCAGUCGGUCCGUGGAGCCUGUGCAGUGGCCCUGACCCAUGCUGGAUCAGGAUCCUUCGUGUGAUAAGAGCUUCUGUUAACUGUAGGUUUUAUUUUGCUUCUUGAAGUCUGUUUUUGUCCCAUUCCUGAGCUUUCAUGUAUGAUGCUCUGGUCCUGUCAGCUUGUCCCUGGUACGGCAUAAAAUGCUGGUCUCAGUGACUACCCAGCUCUGCACACUUCAGCUUGAUAUCUGUGGCAAUGCCAGGAUGUCUUGCUGGAUUUGAUGUGCUCUGAAGCCAUGCGAGAUGCAGUUCUAAGUUGGAUCAGAGAGAACCAAAGGUAUGGUAUUACUCAACACUCUUCAUUUAAAGUAGUAUCUACUCAGCCAAGAGGUCCCUAACUGCUUGGCCCAGACAAUACUUCAAAUUGUGGUAUGCACUUAAAUAGAGUAAAACGGAUUCUUUUAAAAUAUCUUCUAAUUAGACUGCCUCUCCCGACUGCACCUAACAAAGUUUCCCUGUUAAAUAACUGUGUUACUGAAGGACAGUGUCACCAUUUGUGAAAUGGUGUGUGGGAAAUAUUUGAAUGGCAAUGUGAUAGAAUCAUUUCAGUGUUCAAGAAUGGAAAAUGCCCAAACACAUCUAGAGGAUGGCUUAUAUCAAGAUUAGUUCAUGGUGAGAAGAUAUUAAGUGUAGCUUCUACCUUGUAAAAUUAUAGUUUAUGGGAAUACAAGUGAAUGUUCUAAGUUGGAAGGGAUGCAUGGUGGCAUGGACACCUCUGAGUGAAGGAGCUCCUCUUGGGUCC